AUGGAGUGCGCGUUUCAGCUUGUCACCGUCGUAUUAGCCGCGUUUAUUGUGACCGGAAGAGGGAAAGCAGAAGUGGCGUACCCGGUUGUCAGCUGCUCGGGCCGCCUGGCAGACAGCCUAACCUGGCGACGAACACCUGAAGACUGCGCGUCGGCGUUUAUCUGUCUGCUCGGGAGGACAGUGACGUACUCCUGCCCGGAGGGAUUUGUAAUUGGCGCUGGCAACCCUGUGUGCGUGCCCGUAGGCUCAGAAUGGGAUGACUGUAAGUUUUACUCCUCUUUAGACAUUAAAAUAACUCCAACAUGCAAACCGGGAUCCACGGCUCCAGACAUGAGCAACUGCGCGAAGUUUGCCGAAUGUAUUGAACUUCCGGACGGAAAUGCCUCCAUGGUGACAAGAGAAUGUCCGUAUCCGCUUCUGUAUAAGGCUGAUUCCGGAAAGUGCGAAUCGUUCAAAGACGCCUCUUGUGAGAAAGACCAGAUCAUCCCUAAAAGUCCAUGCGAUUACGAUGCUAACCAGUGCACUAGCGCUCACUGCAUCCCCUGUCAUGUGCAACACCCCACGUGCACAGGACUUCCGGACGGGAUGAACGCAUGGGUUGGGAGGGAGUGGUCGCCGUUCUAUGUCGUCUGCGAUGAGGAGCGCGUGACGUUGCAGGCGGAAUGCAAGACGGAGAAGCAGACGUCCGUUUUCCACCCAACAGAGAAACAGUGCGUGUUGAUGGACGGCAAAGAUGUGUUCGGUUAA